UUUUAAAUCAGCCAUUAAAAGUGACAAGUACCGAGUCGAAAUCGAACCGGUUUUUUUUUAUACCCGUACAAUGAUGAUUCAAAUUUUAAACAAUAGCUUGCAAUGCAGCAAAGGAUACAUUUUUCGUACUAAACCAUUUUUCUUUACGAAUUAUAAAAAAGAACGGCGGGGAUUUUCCUGUAUUGACAUCUUGAAUGCUGGAAUGAAACAAUCAGGAGUGUUUUAUCUACAAAUUCGUGGGACGACGUAUUGGUUUUUAAAAGUGUAUUGUGAUCAAGAAACAACAGAUGGUGGUUGGACGGUCAUCCAACGGCGCGCGGAUUUCGGGGACUCCAGGGAAAACUUCAACAGAGAUUGGGCAGAUUACAAAAAUGGAUUUGGUGAGCCAGGCAAAGACUUUUGGCUAGGUAACGAAAAUAUAUAUAUGUUGACAAAUAACGAGGAAUACUCAUUGCGUGUAGAACUAGAGGACUUUGAAGGAAACAAGCGGUAAGAUAUUGUAUUAAAUUAAGACAAUCCAUUUAAAAAUGUAAUGUGGCUGCGAAGCGAAAAUGUAAUAUAUACAU